AGGAAGAGGAGAAAGAAAGAAUAUCCACCAGUGUAGACUACUGCAGUACAGAUCAGAGGGUGUAUUGCAGUAUUGGGUAGUUGGAUAUGCAGGGGGAGGUGGAUCAGCCGAUGCAGAUGGUGCUGCGGGUGAAGCACCCGUCGUCGCUGGGCGGCGGCGGCGGCGGCGGGGAGGAGGAGGCCGGCGAGGCGUCGUCGAGGUCGGCGCUGUCGGUGUUCAAGGCCAAGGAGGAGCAGAUCGAGAGGAAGAAGAUGGAGGUGAGGGAGAAGGUGUUCGCGCAGCUCGGCCGCGUCGAGGAGGAGUCCAAGCGCCUUGCCUUCAUCCGACAGGAACUGGAAGGGAUGGCGGAUCCAACCAGGAAGGAGGUGGAGGUGAUCAGGAAGAGGAUCGACGUGGUGAACCGUCAGCUCAAGCCUCUCGGCAAAACCUGCGUCAAGAAGGAGAAGGAAUACAAAGAAAUCCUGGAGGCGUACAACGAGAAGAACAAGGAGAAGGCACUGCUUGUAAACAGGCUAAUUGAGCUGGUGAGCGAAAGUGAGAGGAUGCGUAUGAAGAAGCUCGAGGAGCUGAACAAGACGGUCGAUUCACUCUACUAGGCGCCAGAUAAUGUUAUCCCCUAGAGGCAUAUAAUUCCUCUCUGUAAUCUCAGUGCCAUGGAUUUGUGAAAUGUUCACGUGACCCGUUCAUGUUGCUUGUAACUCAAGAGUGAUUCGUUCUCUCUCUUUUUUUUUUCGCCUCUUCUCUCAGUUAAUUAAUUGGCUUGGGUGUUUGUUGCGUUGUCACUGUCGAGUAAAACUGACGUAUUUAAGCAAGAACAUAUCAUGGAAACAAGGCUAGGAAAAAGAAGGUGAAGGAUGUUACGUCGACUCACUUUUGUUCUUCCUUUCAUUCUGUACAAAGUAAUGUAAUGCGACCAGCCAACCA